AUGGGUGGUGUUUGCUCGUGCCGCCGCGGCCGCGGCAGCCAGCUCAACGCCGGCUCGAUCCUCGACCGGGUGAUCAGCCAGGCGAGCAACGAGGACCAGUGCUUGCUGUAUCGGCUGGCCAACUACAAGAAGGGCGGCGAAUUGAUAGAGGCGUACAACCAGGGCGGCCAGCCGGAGGUCGAGAAGCUCAUCCGUGAGCAAUUUGGCAUCCUGCUUUACGCGGAUGGCAAGGGCCAGACGAUCAAUCGCGCCGAGUACCUGCGCUGGAAGUUCCGCGACCUGGAGCAGGUCGUGCUGCCGAUCGAGGCCUCACUCUCGAGGUUCGAUCCGCUGGCCCAGUGGAACGACCACGAGGCCUGCUGGCAGAUGCAGUACAGGGGCUCGUUGGGCGAGACCCUGCUGCACGUGCUCAUCAUAUGCGACACGCUCAUGCACACCAGGAUAGCGCGCACCUUGCUCAAGUGCUUCCCACGGCUGGCCAUCGACGUGGUCGAGGGCGAGGAGUACCUCGGCGCGAGCGCCCUCCACCUGGCGAUCGCCUACAGCAACAACGAGCUCGUGCAGGACCUGGUCGAGGCGGGCGCGAUCAUCUCGCAGCGGGCUAUCGGCAGCUUCUUCCUGCCGAAGGACCAGCAGAGGAUGAAUCCGGCGAGGAACACCGAUUACGAGGGGCUCGCCUAUUUGGGGGAGUACCCGCUCGCGUGGGCCGCCUGCUGCACCAACGAGAGCGUCUACAACCUGCUGCUCGAUUCCGGUGCGGAUCCCGACGAGCAGGACACUUUCGGGAACAUGAUUUUGCACAUGGUCGUGGUGUGCGACAAAUUGGACAUGUUCGGCUAUGCUCUGCGACAUCCCAAGCUUCCCGCUCGCAACGGGAUCGCGAAUGCCGCAGGCCUGACCCCGUUGACACUCGCCUGCCAGCUGGGGCGUGCCGAGGUCUUCCGUGAGAUGCUGGAGCUGUCGGCGCGGGAGUUCUGGCGUUACAGUAAUAUCACCUGCUCGGCGUACCCUCUCAACGCCCUCGAUACGCUGCUCCCGGACGGCAGAACAAACUGGAACUCCGCGCUAUUUAUCAUUCUGAACGGUACGAAGGAGGAGCACUUGGACAUGCUGGACGGUGGUAUUAUUCAGCGAUUACUUGAGGAAAAAUGGAAGACCUUCGCGCGAUUGCAGUUCCUGAAGCGAUUGAUUAUCUUGGUGUUUCACCUGGCCUCGCUGUCCUUAGCCGUGUACUUCAGGCCCGCGGACAUGGACGCGGUGUUGCUGCACUGGCCCGAGGAGAUAACGGACGUCGUCCGUAUCGCGGCGGAGUGCAGCACCGUGCUGGGCGUGCUGAGUUACAUCCUGGUGCAACUGGGCGGCGAGAUGAUCAACAUCGGUCCGCUGUCCUUCCUGAAGCAACUGAGCCACGAACCGGCCAAGUUGAUAUUCGUGAUCAGCAAUCUGCUCAUUCUCGCGUGCAUUCCAUGUCGUAUCGUCGGCAAUCGGCACGCGGAGGAUGCGAUACUGGUGUUCGCCGUGCCGGGCUCGUGGUUUCUUCUCAUGUUUUUCGCCGGAGCUAUUCGGCUGACCGGUCCGUUCGUCACUAUGGUGUACUGCAUGAUAACGGGCGACAUGCUGACCUUCGGCAUCAUCUACAUGGUCGUGCUCUUCGGAUUUUCCCAAUCGUUUUAUUUCCUCUACAAGGGAUUCCCAGGCGUGAAGUCGACCCUUUACCAUUCCUAUCAUUCGACCUGGAUGGCGCUGUUUCAGAUAACCCUGGGCGAUUAUAACUACGCGGACCUGAGUAACACGACCUAUCCCAACUUGAGCAAGACGGUCUUCGCGAUCUUCAUGGUGCUCGUGCCGAUAUUGCUGCUCAACAUGUUGAUCGCCAUGAUGGGUAAUACGUAUGCGCACGUCAUCGAACAGAGCGAGAAGGAAUUCGUGAAGCAGUGGGCUAAAAUCGUGGUAUCUUUGGAACGCGCCGUGUCGCAGAAAGAUGCCCACAAUUAUCUGCAGGAAUACAGCAUCAAGCUGGGACCCGGCGACGACCCGAAUAAUCCCGCGUCGGAGCAGAGAGGCGUGCUGGUUAUUAAAAGCAAAUCGAAAACCAGAGCGAAGCAGCGCAAGGGCGCCGUAGCUAAUUGGAAGCGAGUCGGAAAAGUCACGAUAAACGAGUUGAGGAAACGGGGUAUGACCGGCGAGGAACUACGGCGUAUAAUGUGGGGCCGCGCGUCCUUCUCCACUCCUGUACGAGUCAGUCCCAAUGCUGGCCAGCCGCAAGUGUCGGCAGUUACUGCAGGUUUUGGUGAUGCGCUAACCGCAGCUUUGGACGUAAUGGCCUUUGCACAUGAUUUUGACUUAUCCACCGCGACGGAGAGCAUACCGACCAAUAUCGAGGCGAAGCAGACGAAAACGGCAGAGCCGAAAGCCGUUUCCAGGGAGCAGACGAGAACGACCCAGAAUAAUCCGGAGGCGGUGACGAGUAUUCAGCCGCAUAAACAAGCCGUCGUGGAGGAAACUAAGUUAUCAGGUUUCACGGAUCUAAUUGAUAAAUCCAUCGAUCCCGUGCGCGUGGAAGAGAACUUGAAGAACGCGAAUCAAACGAAAGCGCAGGAGGAAGUUGUCGAGGAUCCGUUUCUGGAGCUCGCUAUCGCCUCCGAGACUACGGAAGAUUACGAUACUUUAUUGAAAAUGGCCAAGUCCGCCUUGGCUAAUAGCGAGGCUUCAAUGAUAGCCACGACGGUCGACCCACAAAUUCUAGCACACUUCGCUAUGAUCGCCCCGCCGUCGGUCAUUGAGAAACCAGCCAUCGUUAAGAAACAAUACUUCGUCGAGUCCAGCGACAACGAUCUCGGUGGGGAUACUUUGCUCGGCACCGAGGCUCGCAUUCGGAGAAUAAAGUCGGCGAAUAACAGAUUCGUCAGCGCGUCGAAGCGAUCACACUGUGACGACGAAGACGAUAGUUCCUCGUCCGUCACUUCCAACGAUCAGAAUCAACAGCGGUAUCGACCGCUGCUGAAUGAUCCGGAAGAGAGCCUGACGAACCAUGUCGAGACCGAAGGACGAAGAACUUCCGUCGAAACAAUUAAGUCGGAGGUCAAGCAGAACGGUGGCGUUUCCAAGCCGCCGAAUAAAGUCCAGAAACGUCGACCGAAAACGGCCAAGAACAGGGUAUCGCCUAAGGAAAUAGAGGAGCCGGCGAGAAGAAAGGAAUCGAUUGAGCGGAAUAAGGCGGCUUCUUCUUCACCGCCGACGUCGCCCUCGGAUCCGCUCGAGCCAUGGAGCACGCGCGGCAUUACCGACAUGAACACGAUAUUGGCCUGGCGGGAGAAUGCGCCGGACAGUCCUUAA